AUGGGUUCGCAAUUGUCGCCUGCGACAGCCCCCUGGGACGGAGUCUCAGAUCAGGAGCAACUUUUUGUUUUGAUCACAGGUGCCAAUAGUGGCAUCGGUCUCAGUAUUGGAGAACGACUGAUUGACGAUUUCCUCGCUACACGAUCUUUGCGCUCCCACCUUAUCCUCAUCCCCACCACACGAUCAAAGUCCAAGUCCUUACAAACGAUCCAAACCCUCCGUGAUUACGCCAGAAAAGCCGCGCAAUCUUCUACAGCACUAUGUUCGCGUGUCGGGAGUUCAUAUCGUUGGGAGGAUACCGUUGCGCGAAUCCAUGUUCUGAGCUUGCAGCUUGACCUAUGUGACUUGCGCGGGGUGUACUCUUUCGCAAAUGCUUUGUUACGAGGCCCAGUGAGCAACCCUGAGGGGCUGCAGGGCGAAUAUCUACAAAACGUACGCAUUCCAAGGCUGGAUACUGUAGUAUUCAAUGCUGCGUAUGGUGGAUGGUCAGGGGUCAAUUAUCCCAAAGCUGUAUGGACUAUCUUGACCCAGGGGUUGGUGCAGUCUGUUACUUGGCCGAACUUCAAGAUGGCUCUCCCUACUGCUCUGUUGAACGAAAAGCGCAACUACAAUUAUCCUAAGGAACCUUUACUCGGCGAGGUGUUUACAGCUCGGCGAUUCGAAUCCGAAAUACCCGGCCGUCUUGUCUGGUCCAGCAGCCUUGAGGCCGUCGACAGUGUUCUCGAUAUGUCCGACUUCCAGUGCUUCAAUGGCAAAGGCCCGUACGAAUCCGCCAAACGAGUCACUGACAUCCUCUCCCUUACUGCAACUCUUCCUGCCGCCCUGCCAUCUUCCAGUCGCUUCUUCACUGCCGACGACCCCAAUGAGGCCCGCGAUAAACCCAUUCGACCGCGCAUGUAUCUCAGCCACCCGGGUAUUGUUGCCAGCACCCUAUUCCCAGUUCCCUGGUUUCUUAUGUGGGCAUAUGAACUUGCUCUUCUGAUCAGCCGCUGGAUUGGUUCGCCCUGGCAUAACACAGACAGCUAUACCGGUGCCAAAUCCCCUGUUUGGAUUGCGCUCCAAGAGCAAUCUGCGCUUGAUGAACUAGGCGCCGAGCGUAUUAAGUGGGGGAGCAGCUCCAACCGUCACAUGCAGGUUGAAGUUAAGAAGACCGAAGUUGAAGGCUGGGGUUGGGAGGGCAAAGUCGAGGAUGCGGCGGCGCUCGAAGCGGACACUGCUGUUGGUGUUUUCAAGAAGACCAUCGGGCGAAAGAGAGGCGCUAAAGACGUGACCAAGGAAGAUAUCGUGAGAUUCGAAGAACUGGGCGCAGAAUGCUGGCAAAGGAUGGAGAGCAUGCGACACGAGUGGGAAACCAUUCUUGGGGUUAAAAAGGCAUAG